AUGCCUUUCAAGUGGGAAGAGGCUCAUGAGACUGAGCUGCUGGCCUGGCUGGACUACAAGCUCAGGGAGCGACACACGCCGAGUUCAAAGACUCUAUUAGCGUGUUCGGAUAAGCUGUACAUCCUUUGGAGGAGAUACGGCAGCGACAAGGCGCCCAAAGUUCACAUCUUCUAUGAGACUGGAUCAUCUUGUCUGACUUUGCUCGAUCGCCGCCGAGAAGAGAUCGCAGAGCGAGUCGGUGAAUUAUUGAAACAGAGUAGUGGCUGCCUCGUGCCGCCGCGGCUCGAAUGGUCCUCUGUCCACGACGAACUGGGAGAGCUGAAGAAGCAGGUAGCCCGUCUCCACCGGGCGCAGCAUGAGAGCCAUGCGCAGAUAGCGUUCCUGCACAAUCGCCUUCGACAAAGUGACAAGCGGCGACUGAAAUUGAAAGACCAGGUAUCUGCCCUCGAUUCUAUCGAGAGAUUCUCUCGCGAAAAGGGCGGGUUGAGGGCGCAGCUCGAGCAGCAACUCAAGCGCAACUCUUCCCUGCAGGACAAGGUUGAACGGAACGAGCGUCUGGGACGAUUUACUUCGCUGGCUAGCACCGAUGUGGUCCGGAAUUGGGGUGACACACAGCUGCUAGUUGGUUGGGAAGAUGUCCAGACAGUUCCGCAGCCAGUGAUCACAGAUGAUAUCCGGGCCCUCCUCCAACGCAGUUUGGGCAGAGAGAUCGAUCUGCGUGAACUCAGCUUGCAAGCACUCGUCCGAAUGCUCACGAUGGCAGCCGUGUGUGCUUGGGUUUUUGAGUCAGACAUAUUGAGCGAAAGGUUCCCCGGCAGUCUAGUGUUGGAUGCGUAUAGAGAGCAGAUUCAAACGCGAGACGGCGAUACCGCUCUUCGAAACCUGGAUUAUGCUGCACACGAGUCUCUACUCGCCAGCCCUCUGUUCCUAGAGAACUUUAUCCCUAGACACGCCCAGGAAAUCUCCUCGAGACUUUCUCGAGUUCUCUCAUCACUAUUCGAGACAGAAGUAGUCGCCAAUCGUGAGGAUCAUACCGCAUUUGCAGCGUGGGGAGACGAGGAGGCGGUAUGCAGUACUUUUCGCUUCGAAGCCGUGAUGUACCCACCUGGGACCCCAUUUGAUGGCCAUUCAAUGAUGGGACAGGACAUGGAGGGUGGUGAAGUCGAGGGAGUCGCAGGGGAGAAAAUUGUUUGCUGCCUGUUGCCUGCAAUAUACGCCAUUCCCAAUCGGGAAGGCAUGGUGAAUUACGUGACGUUCGAACGACGCGAGGGAGAAGAGAGAGAAGAGACGCUGCCGCCAUGGCAGCAGACUGCCGACGUCGCCGAGAACCACCUUCUCUCCUUCUCUCCCCAGUAUCCCGUACUCUUCAACUGGAAAAUGAAUGACUCCAGUCCUGUCUCCUCCCUCUCUACUCUCUCCUCUAUGGAGAUGAGUUCUGGUUUGCUAACUUCUAGCCCUCCCUCCCCUCUCGCUCCUCGCGUGCUGCCCGCCGCCGGCCUCGCGCCGCUGCCCGCGCUGCCGCCGCCGUUGCGCGAUAAUUGGAUUCGAGUCUACCGGGAGUUACAUCCCGAGGAGGGUCUCGAGCUCCGGGAGGACGCCCGCGUCGGGGGACAGGACACUGACAGACAUUCCAGUGCCCGCACCGAUGCCAUCGACAAAUUCAGAGGGUGGCUCGGGAACAAGGCGAGCAAGGGGAAGGGCAGGGCCAACGAACCGACGACGAGCGUCAGCAAGACCGACCCGUCGUCCGGGACUAAUAACAAAGACAUGACUGGGGGCGAAGACAAGAGCAACAAGAACGACAGUGUCAGGUAAAGGAGUUUCCAUUGAUGGAUAGGGAUGAGUAGGAAGACAUGGUAUUCUAGAGAAUUGGAGAUGGACCUCGGUGAAAGAGUGUAAUGACAGUUUCUACCUAUAGCCACAGACUUGCUCUUC